AUGGGUCAGUAUUUAGUGGGUGAACCACUGGAGAGAGUGGCCAUAGACAUCCUUGGUCCUUUACCACGGACCGAGAAGGGUAACAAGUAUGUUGUUGUUAUUUCGGAUUACUUCACACGAUGGAUAGAGGCUUAUCCGGUCAAAAACCAAGAGGCAAUGACCAUUGCAAGGGUUUUUGUAGAAGAAUUCGUUUCAAGGUAUGGAGUUCCACUCCAGGUUCACACUGACCAGGGCAGACAAUUUGAGUCAACAUUGUUUCAAGAUUUAUGUAGUAUGUUGAAAAUAGACAAAACCAGAACAACCCCAUUCAAUCCAAAGAGUGAUGGACUAGUAGAAAGGUUUAACCGAACAUUAGAGGACAUGAUAAGCAAGUAUGUCCAACCAAACCAAAGGAACUGGGACGAAGUUUUACCAUUGAUGAUGCUUGCUUACAAAUCGUCAGUGCACGAUACUACAGGAUACAGUCCAGCAAAAUUAAAUCUCGGUAGAGAACUAAAAUUACCUGUUGACCUCGUGUAUGGUCAAAAUCCCAGAGAAACUAGUCAUUUCAGGAUGUUCAAGUGUACAACUUGCUUUCGUAUGUACCCCAAUUGGCGCAAGUUGAGUCGGCACAUCAGAGACAAGCAUGAUAAGCAGCCCAUUCCAUGUAAGAAUGCCUCCUUGGGAUGUGUAAUGGCUAUGCCAAGGUCAAGAAAGAGCCAGUUGAUGGCUCACGAGGCCAAGUGUAAAUAUGACCCAAUCCACGGAGGACCCAAAACGAAUCCAAGGAUUCAUAAUGAGAGCACCGCACAGGAAUCUAGGGAGUCGACGCCAGUGCGUGAUGAACGUCCUUUCACACCAUCACCACGAUCUUGUGUGGCUCUAUUCCAGAUGCCAGACGCAAUAUCGCCACUUCCAUCAUCGACUGUGACCUGUCCAACAGAACCACUGGUUGUCCAACCCAAUAUAGAUGCCUCGAUGGAUGUACCACUCACGUCAGGAGUACCAGAAUAUGGGCCUCUCACACUCAUAACUACAACCAAGGAAGGUUUGGACCAUCUCCAAAACGUGGAAACUGCAUUCCUUCCAGAUGGAACCACAUAUAAAUUACAAUCUGUGUGGUACAGAACCUCAGUGACAACCAAGACCGUAUCCACUCAAACAGAAGAGGAUAUACCACGGCCAGAAAAAGUGGAUGCCCAUACACAGUGCUCUGUUCGAUUACAGCUGAUAGACUAA